AUGAAACAAGUAAAUUAUCCAUUCAUUUUAUUAGCAGUUCUUUGCAUGUUAAUGCCAAGUUCCAUUUUGGCUGUACUUCCUGGAACUUGGCCAGCAAUGGAUCUUCCUCCUCCGACAAGUGAUAUAUAUACAAACCUUGUAAAUUUAACGAAGGUCAGUCAGGCUCCAGUAAAUCCACUAAAUUCUACAUGUCCGACUGUUAACACUUAUUGCCGUUGGACUUGUGAUAAUUGUAUCCGAAGCAAUGAUAUUGUUAGCUGUCCAAACAAACUUGAUUGGGCUCUUACUUUGGAUGCUGGACCAAGUGAAUAUACAAGUACGGUCCUAAACUUUCUAGACACACAGAACAUCAAAGUUACAUUCUUUGUUGUUGGUUCUAGAGUAUAUCAAUAUCCUGAAAUCUUGCAAAGAAUUCUUAAAUCUGGACAUGAAAUCGGUGUACUUACUUGGUCAAAUUCUUGGUUAACAACACAAACUAAUGAACAAGUUAUUGCAGAGCUUAAAUGGACAAUGGAUGCAGUAAAAGCUGCUGUUAAUAUUACACCUAAAUUCAUGCGUCCACCAUUUGGAGAUUAUGAUGAUCGAAUUCGGGAUAUUUCAACUCAACUUGGUUUAAGACCAGUAAUUUGGGAUUUAGAUACUUAUGAUUGGAAAUCAGAUGGUGAUUCAACUUUUAAUUUUUCUUGGAUCGUAAAUAAUUUCACUCAAUGGAUAGCCGAUCCAAAUCUUAACAAUACUGGUCAUAUAUCUAUUGAAUAUGAUUUAUAUAAUCAAACCGCUGCACAAGUUUCUUUAGUAGUACCAAUUCUAAAAAAUGCUAGUUAUAAUAUUAAGCCAGUUUCUGUUUGUAUGGGUAUUAAUCAUCCAUACGUUGAAGAUGUUAAUUUGGAUGGUACACCUUUACCAAUACCUACGAAUACUUCAAAUACGACUUUAAAUGCACCUAAUUCUGCUACUAAUACAACAAAUCAAAGUAAUUCAAAUAGUUCAAAUAGUUCAAGUAGUAAUCAUACACCAAUAAUUAUCGGAGUCGUAGGUAGUAUCGCGAUUUUAAGUUUAUUUGUAAUUAUUGCACUAUUAGUAUGUAAGAAACGUAAGAAACGUCGAUUUAAUUCUGUAGCAGUAUUUGGUGUUAAUGUUGAAGAUCGAUUUCAAAAAUUUUAA